AUGCAUUUUCUCAGCCUGCUGGUCCCACUCGGCUUGUCGAUUCAACACGUAUCGGCCGCGGGAGCUCCGGUGUUCUAUCUCAAAUUGUUCCCAACGUCCAGCACCGUGUUCAGAGAUGAGUUGAUCAGCCGCAUGGACAACAUAUCUCGUUGGUCGUGCACGAACGAACCCGGCGUGACCAAGCACGCGCUCGUCAUACCCCGUGGCGGCGGCGACAACCUUACGGCGUACUCGAUCGAACAAUACGACGAUGACGAAGCUCUCAACAAGCACCUCGCGGCCGACAUCGUGUCGACCUCACUAUUGAAGUGGUCCCAGGACACCCCCAACAUCUGGGCCCACAACCCAACCGUCCAGAACUUCACCGUCAUCAGCGGCCAGAGCUUCGUGAAACCCGAGUUCGCCAAGGUCGCCGACCCGUACAUCGUCGUCGAGGCCCUGACCUACAUGGAAGGCGGCGUCCACCACGUCAUUGACCACUGGGAGGAGGAAGUAGAUGCAUCGCGCAACGAGAGCGGGACUCUUGCGUUUGGGAUAUACACGGACCCCGGCAACAAGGACAAGCUGUGGACGCUUGCCGCGUACGAGAGCGAGGACUAUCUGAAGAAUACACACAACAAGAGCCCGACUGCGCGGGAGUUGGAGGAGCAUACGAGUGGCAUGAGGACUUCAAUGCAGAGGAUUUUGUUACAGAAGAAGGGCGGGUUCUUGUACAAGGGGUUGACUUGUGCAUAA